UGAGUCAGAUCUCUCUUAACCUCUUAGAAAUGUUCCAGUUCAUUUGGCUAAUAGCACUGUCAUGGUGGAAAACCAUGCCAGCAAGCAUCAGGCAUGGCAGCUGGAAUUAGAAAUUGAGAGUUCACAUCUUGAACCCAAAUAUAAAGCAGAGAGUGAACAGGAAGUGGUAGUAGGAUUUAGGUUAAAUCUGGCCUAUGCUGAUUUGUGGUGGCCAUGACUGCCUCACCAAAGGCCUCCAGCUGUGCCUCUCUCCCCGUACAUUAUCCUAUCAUUUCUUUUCAAAUUUUAUUAUAAAUUUCACUCACAAUACAAAUCUUGAAGCUGAGCAUAUGGAAGUUAAGACAUAUAGAACCAACACUACAUGGAAUCCACAUAUUCCACAUGAGGACUGACCCAGCAAAAUGGUGCCUGCUAACACGCUAGGCUGAGAACCUCAGAGCUAAUGGGAAGUCAUGGGAGGCCCAAGAGUCUCUCAUACCAGAGCAGACACUUCACACAGUAUGAAAUGAUUUGGGUUUGAUUACACCUGAGGUUCAAAAUGAGAAAAGUUAGAGUUGUCUAGUUGGUGCAAACUUUAUGAUCUCUCCCUAGGUAUUGCAAGAUAACUCAGAUAAAGUUUGUGCUCAGCCCUCCCAAGAUGGCUGUUAUCCAGAUCAUAGUAAGUAAGUCCAAAGGCAGGGAAGAUGCUCCACUGGGAUGCCAUGUCUCUAUGCUCCACAGUGAAAAGUUGUCACAUUGUACAAACACUAAAAUUACGAAUUGCUCACAGGCACUAAAAGCUUCCUUAAUCCUGUGCAGGAUCUCCUCAGGUACAGAGUCCUCCUGAUACGUCUAUCUGGUCAGGGAAAGAGCUGAUCAGUCAUUAACAGAGCUGAUUUGUCCCUCCAAGGUCACAUGACAAGGCACUGCAUGAGAAAACCAGCAGCUGACAUGUCUAUAGAGAUCAUUCUGUGCCACAAACAGUUCCAUGUUUGGUUUUUGGUAUUUGCUUCCUAUCCACAUACAAUGAAUAAAGACAACACACUCCAUGUUGACACAAUCAUGAAAAUCACUAUGUUCUCUGAAGUGAGUGUUGGCAUCUUAGCUAACAGUAUCCUGUUUUUUGCUCACCUGUGCAUGCUCCUUGGAGAGAACAAGCCUAAGCCCAUUCAUCUCUACAUUGCAUCCUUGUCCCUAACACAACUAAUGCUGCUUAUAACUAUGGGACUCAUAGCUGCUGACAUGUUUAUUUCUCAGGGGAUAUGGGAUUCUACCUCAUGCCAGUCCCUUAUCUAUUUGCACAGGCUUUCGAGGGGUUUUACCCUUAGUGCUGCCUGUCUGCUGAAUGUCUUUUGGAUGAUCACUCUCAGUUCUAAAAAAUCCCGUUUAACAAAGUUUAAACAUAACUCUCCCCAUCACAUCUCAGGUGCCUUUCUUCUCCUCUGUGUUCUCUACAUGUGUUUUAGCAGUCACCUUAUUUUAUCGAUUAUUGCUACCCCUAACUUGACCUCAGAUAAUUUUAUGUAUGUUACUAAGUCCUGUUCAUUUCUACCCAUGUGUUACUCCAGAACAAGCAUGUUUUCCACAACAAUUGCUGUCAGGGAAGCCUUUUUUAUCGGUCUCAUGGCCCUGUCCAGUGGGUACCUGGUGGCUUUCCUCUGGAGACACAGGAAGCAGGCCCAGCAUCUUCACAGCACCGGCCUUUCUUCAAAGGCAUCUCCAGAGCAAAGGGCCACCGAGACCAUCCUGCUGCUUAUGAGUUUCUUUGUGGUUCUCUACAUUUUGGAAAAUGUUGUCUUCUACUCAAGGAUGAAGUUCAAGGAUGGGUCAACAUUCUACUGUGUCCAAAUUAUUGUGUCCCAUAGCUAUGCCACUGUCAGCUCUUUUGUGUUUAUUUUCACUGAAAAGCGUAUGACUAAGAUUUUGAGGUCAGUGUGUACCAGAAUAAUAAAUAUUUGAUUAUUCAGUGAUGGGUAUUGCCCCUUAGUAUAAUCCAUUACGUUGUCAUCAGAGGUUUGGAUCAUGACAUAUUUGGAACAUUCUCUGUCUUAAAUUGAUAUAUGAAAUUUUCUUUUUUCCUGUUAAAUCUGUUUCCUUUGUGUGUGGAUGACCAAUAUAUGAAAGAAAAUUAAACACCAUGUCCUCUUACAUAUC